UUUAACCCCUCCCUCCAAAAUCCCCAAUCUCAAACCCAAAAAUCCCUAAUCUCUUCUUACCCCGCUCUCUCGAGAUCGAUCGAUCGAUCGACGGUGAGCGGCGGAGGAGCAGCGUCGGAGCAGCAUCGUCGUCGUCGUCGUCGGAGCAGCGUCGGCCUCCUCUUCCGUUUGUUGUUUUCGUUUGUUGUUUUCUUCAACAUCAAGAUGUGGUGAAUGGAGUUUUGAGCUGCUUUAGGUCAUUGAUCAUUGAUCCCACAACAUGUCUGAGAUCGUCAAAAAAGGUUGGAACAAGUACCUGCUUCAACUUCAACUCAACCCUCUCAGAACCAAGGCAAUUACUUCUGGGGUUUUGAUUGGAAGUAGUGAUAUAAUAGCUCAGAAGAUCACUGGAGUGAAAAAACUUCAAUUCAGAAUAGUACUCCUUUUAAUGCUCUAUGGGCUUUUGUAUUCGGGACCGUUUGGCCAUUUCUUUUACAAAUUGAUGGAUCUGAUCAUCAAAGGAAAGAAGGGCAACAAAACUGUUGCAAAGAAGGUUUUGUUGGAGCAAUUGACUUCUUCUCCUUGGAACAAUAUGCUUUUCAUGAUGUACUAUGGCGUGGUAGUUGAAGGUAUUGCUCUUUAAAAGAGGCAGCCUAAGCAGCUUAUGCACAAGUUUGUGCACCAUUACCAUACAUGGGCAGUCAGGACAGCAGUUUAUGCUGGAAUGUGUGCUCUCCCACCGAGGGAACAACUGCUGCUGAAGCUAAAUGAAAAUGAUAUUUCUUGAGUAAUAGUUUGCUUCUUGUGGAAUGCGGGCAGGUAAAGAUUAUGACCAACUUUUGUUUUUGUAACCCAUGGAAGAAUGAAGACGAAAACUUUUGAUUUUGAUACGUUAUUUAGAUUUGUGAACAACAUUAUGUAUGUAUUAUGCGACAUUAUGUAAUGGGAUAAUUUUUAUUGUUAUGAAUUUUUAUUUAUGUAUUAUUAUGAAUGGAACAACAUUAUGAAUUUU